AGAAGUUACAGCAAGGUGAGUUUCCACUGAGAAGUAGAUAUUAUAGAAAAAAAAAAGUAUUUUAAGUAACUUACAAAAACGGAAAUACAAAGAUAUUCUUUACAGUAUGUACUUCAUUUCAAUAAAUUAUACUCUUAAAAGUUAAAGCAUCGUUCAAAAAUAGAUAAAUAUACUUUUUUGAAUAACUUGACAAAAAUUAAUUUCUUACUAAAAGUUUGAAUAUGGUAUUUGAAAAUGAUGUUUUUUGUAUCGACGAUAUAGCAUAUCGCAUUAAUAACGAUUAAAUCUAUUCUUGGUACAAAACCGAGGAUAAAAUUCAGAAGACAAUCAUACAGUAUUAAAAUAGCUAAAAUUUCAUUUAAAUAAAUUUCUAUUCUAUAGGAAAGUAUUUUUAAAAUAUUGAAUUUGAAUUUUUAUUUCUUAUUAGGUAUUUUGGAUGUGGCUUAGUCUUUCCACCGAAACUCGAAGGAUGUCGAGUAUUAGAUCUCGGUUGUGGAUCUGGUCGUGAUGUUUAUAUUUUAUCAAGUCUUGUUGGAGCUCAAGGAUAUGUUGUUGGUGUUGAUAUGACGAAAGAACAACUUGAUGUUGCUAAUCGUUUUGUUGAUUAUCAUACAAACGAAUUUGGUUUUGAAAAAG